CCCAAAAUAAAUCCUUGUCUACCUGGCCCUUAAAAAAGUUAUAACCCAUCUCGCCUGGCGAUGUGCUCAUCGCUGGUUUCUUCCCGCAAACCGUGCUUGCUUGAAGGGAGAACAGUCGUGGUUUGGGCUCGAGAGAGAGAGAGAGAGAGAGAGAGAGAGAGAGAGAGAGAGAGAUGAAAGGUAUCUUGUCGUCGCCCGGCGAUUACGUUCACUUCAAAUCCCUGGUCCCCGUCCAGAAGAUCACGAGGCAUAAAUUCUUUACAGAUUGGAGCUAAACAAUGGAAAUACUAUGAUUUUGGACCUAAGACGGUAUCUCCUCUUGUCUGCAUUCCUGGAAUAGCUGGAAAUGCUGAUGUCUACUACAAACAGAUAAUGUGCCUAUCCAUGAAGGGUUAUCGAGUGAUCUCUAUUGAUAUACCAUGUGUUUGGAAUUACCAUGAGUGGGUUCAUGCAUUUGAGAAGUUCUUAGAUACUAUCAACAUUUACUAUGUACACCUCUAUGGAACAUCUCUUGGAGGAUUCCUAGCACAACUCUUUGCUCAACAUCGCCCUCGGAGGGUGAAAUCAUUAGUUCUAUCAAACACAUUUUUGGAGACUCAUAAGUUUUCAGCUUCCAUGCCAUGGGCCCCCGUUCUUAGUUGGACGCCUUCAUUUCUACUUAAGCGCUACAUCUUGAGUGGGAUUCGUGAUGGUCCCCAUGAACCAUUCAUUGCAGACUCUAUUGACUUUGUCGUUGGUCAGGUUGAGCGAUUGUCUGUUGAGGACUUGUCUUCAAGGUUAACAUUGAAUGCCAAUGCUGUAGCUGUUACCCGUCUCUUACUCUCAGAUUCUUUUAUCACAUUAAUGGAUACAAAUGAUUACUGUGCUAUACCACAGCAACUCAAAGAUCAAGUUACCGAAAGAUACCUUGGUGCAAGACGAGCAAUCUUGAAGACCGGGGGAGACUUCCCAUUCCUUUCACGCUCUGAUGAGGUUAACCUACAUCUUCAGCUACAUUUGAGGCAUGUCGGAGUUGAACCAAAUCCGGGCUCUUUGCAAGAUAUAUCAAAGAAUGGUAAUGCCGGGAAUUCUGCAAAUGAGACGAAUGGUGGAGGUGGUUUUGAUGAUCCUCAAGAGGACAGGGGAAGCCUUGGUCAUGACGAUUGCGAUGAAACUGAUCAAUCUGAACCUUCAGGGUCUGGAUCAAGCAAGUUGGAUGAGCAGCUCUUGAGCAAUGUGAGAUUGUAUCUCAUGAAACUUGAGACUACACCUCUUUUGGUGCAUGCACCAACUCUUUUCCUUGCUUUGCACUUGUAUUUUGCUACCCUAUGCAUCCUUUGGAAACCUUUGAUGGUCGUUUGAAAGCAUGUAACUAUGUGGAAGCUUGUGUUUCAUAGGCAAUUCUUUCUGCCAUGAAUUUGAGUUGGAACAAUGUUGCUGAUCUUGGUUUAUAUUUUGAAUUAUAUAGUCAUAAUUUGCUUAACAAA